AUGCGUAAAGUGCUAGCUAAAAUUUGUAACGCCUUAAUAUUGGGCUUGUUAGUGGGUCUUCCCUCAUCAUUGGCCUGGCGCUCUUUCAAAAUCAUAUUUACACGCUUCGACUAUGAAGCCAAUGCGAAUUAUUUGGAUGUCAAAAUUCAAAUACAAAACGACAGCGAGACUUCAUUGAACAUUGUGGCCAAUACUUAUGAAAAUGUGGACGAUGUAUAUUUAACUGCGGCUGUGGCGAUUGAAAACGAUGAAGGGAACUUGUCGGAAUUGCUGAAUCGUACCGUUAACCUAUGUAAAAUGCUUAAACAACGAAAUGCGGAGCCGCUAAUACGUAUCAUAUACGAGGAUUUGCUGAAUCAUGGAAAUAUAUUCAAAGAGUGUCCCAUACAAAAGGGUUCCUAUUCGGUGCACGAAUAUCGUCUUGAUGAGGAGUUGCUGCCCAGUUAUUUGCCAGAAACCGAUUUCGUCGUCUCCAUACGUUUAAAAACAUCGAAGAAUGUGAUGCUAUUUAGUGGCAAGCUCUAUGGCCGUAUUGAUAAGUCGAAGGGGUUUAACAAUCUGAAAAUGUUUAGUCUGGGCUAG